UAACUCCAACUCGCCGCCGCCGCCACGCACGGUCUGAUGUUUGCAAACGGAGGCAGACCAAUCUCCUGCACCGAUCGCCCACCUUCUACGAGCAUAAUUUUCCGUGCCGUCUACGACUCCAUUAAAUCUUCGAUCCACCUCGCUCCUCCGCCGCCGAGCACAGUUUCUCCGUGCCCCCUUAAAGGCCCAGCCCCAGGCGGAUCAUCUUUUAGUUAAUAAUUUCGUACGUGUGGAACAAAUAAUGGAGAGUUUUCCGAUUCUCUUCCCCACGGAUCACUUCUCCUCCUCUUCUUCUCCCUCUUCUCUGUCGUCGUCGUCGGCUUCGUUCGUUCGAUAUCCCAACGUUAUCGCCGCACAUGGCUUUGGCAGUGGGAGCCUAGCUGACGCUGGCGCCGGUGAGAGCAAGCUCUCAGGCUCGGUCCACGGAGGCGGCGGCGAUCAGGCUCCGACGGACGGUUUGACGAAGAAGAAGUCGGCGAAAGAGAAGAAGGCGAGGAAGCCGCGGUUCGCGUUCCAAACUCGCAGCCAAGUCGACGUGCUCGACGACGGGUACCGGUGGAGGAAGUACGGCCAGAAGGCCGUCAAGAACAGCAAGUUCGCCAGGAGCUACUACCGGUGCACGCAUCAGGGUUGCAAUGUGAAGAAGCAAGUGCAGAGAUUGUCGAGGGACGAAGGAAUGGUGGUGACGACGUACGAGGGAAUGCAUACCCAUCCGAUACAGAAGCAGACUGACAACUUCGAAGACAUCCUCAACCAAAUGCAGAUCUACGCCAACUUUUGAUCGAGCUUGGGUAAAUGGUCGAUGUUUCAGAUGAUUCAGUCAUGCACAAUGUGAACAAAUACUAGUUUUUAGAGGGCAGGUUUUAUGUAAAACAAUGUGAGAAUAUGAUGGUCCGAUCCUCAUGAACGGACACAAGAAAUAUCAAAUCAUGUAUGGAAUAAAUAUGCAACGCCAUGAUGUUGAUGGUUGUUUUCUUCUA